UCAAGGAAGGAAGUGACACAUAAAGCCCAGGUCACAAAACAUCCUGAAGUUGUUGAUGAUUUUGUACGGAACUUCCUCGUUAGAAUGGGAAUGGAGAGGACACUUGACUGCUUUCAAACAGAAUGGUAUGAGUUACAACAAAGAGGUUUCCUCAAUGAGGAAGAUAUUGGUGUUGUGCCAGACAUUUACACACGUAACCAGAAUCUCGAUAGUGAAAUCAAGUUCCUGAAGGGAGAGGUGGAGAAAUAUAAGGAUGCUGCAUUGAAAGCGAAGGAUCUGUAUGUGAAGCUGAGAAAGGAGAGAGACUAUCACCGUAUGCAUCACAAACGUGUUGUACAAGAGAAGAACAAACUUAUAACUGAUAUUAAAAGACUGAAGCGUCACUACACACAGUAUGAGCCAACUCUACAGCAGCUGAAGAAGAAGUAUGAAGUGGCAAUGAAAGAGAAAAUGUUGUCAAAGCUCGAGAGAGAUCGUGCAAUGGGUCAGGUGACUGGUCUACAGAGUACACUGAAGAGUAUGGAGUCUUUCAAAGGAGGUGCUGUCAAACUGGGAGAUGCUAGUAUGACAGCUUCUACAACAAGGAUCUGUCAGCGAGGUGGAGUUCCACUGGAUGUUGAGGGAAAAGGACCAUCCCAGCGUGUCCUGCAGGCUGAGCGUGAAUCUAUGGAUGUACAAGAACUGCCAAAAGACUUUAAAAGACAUCCAAAUGAUUCUGUGUUCCCUGCUGACAAGGGAGUUAACCCAUACAUUGGUUUGGCAAAGGCACCAUCUGGUCAUUUAGCACGGUCUGGGGGCUUCAGGUUAUCCAACACAUUCCAGGCACACUCCCAUCCUAUCAG